AUGACAUCAUAAACACUGUUGUUAACCUUGGGAGUACUGAUGGUUUUGGGAGCUACAGCCUACAUGAACUAUGAUGGCAACGUUAGCACUAUAGAUCAUGGGUUCACUGCAGAUUUUGCAUCCUUCAUUAAAGCCUUUGAUUCCAAAUAUGAUUUCAUUAGAUCCGAUAUCACUUGGUCCACAUAUGGAGGUGCCGAAACUAGACCAACCACUGCUCCAUCCAAAUAUCCCAUUGUUUUUAUUCAUGGAAACUCCGAUAUUGGAGCUGGUAACGGUGGAACUGUAGGAUGGUAGACUGGAUUCACAUAACUUAUUGAGUAUCUAUAAACCAAUGGAGGAUACACAAAGGCUGAUUUGUACGUAACAACUUGGGGUCCUGCCAAUCCAAAUAUGGCAUCACAAAACAGUCACAGUGAAAAAUAUGUGAUGACUACUAGACGUUUCAUUGAAGGAGUCCUUGCUUACACCAAGGCCAGCAAAGUUAUAGUCAUUGGUCAUUCAAUGGGAGUCACCUUGGCAAGAGCUGCCAUCAUUGGGGGAACAUAUUCUGAAUCUUUGUUUGCUAAAUUCACAGUUGGAGACCCCAUCACCAACUCUAUAGCUGCCUUCUUUGGAUUAGCCGGAGCCAACUAUGGUUUAGUAGAUUGCACUUACGCAACUGGAUUACCCACAUGCAGCACAUACAAUGGAUUUUCACCAUCAUCCCAAAUGCUCACUGCCUUGAACUCAAAGACUCGUAGAGAAGGGGCCAAAGUUUAUUCAUUCUGGUCACCAAAUGACGAUAUCAUCAAGUACAACUGCAUUGUGAACCAAAAGAACACAUGCAUUGUGCCUGGAAGUGACGAAUCAUUCUAAUAAAGUGGAUACACACACUUUGAUGUAAGAGAUAAAAAUUAUGAUUAUUUUAUAUAUUAAUUAAAUAUAAGACUCAAAUCUUUUUCAUCAGAAGGGGGGGACCAACAUCAAAGACCCUAAGCAUAACAAUUUUUUAAUUAUGCAAAUGAGACACAUGAAUAAAAGAGGUACAACAUCAUCAUUUUCAGGUUUGUGAUAGGAGUGUGUCUGAAUUACAAAUAAUUAAUUUAUUAAUUGCUUUUCAAUUACAAUUACUUUAAUCUAGACACACCCCCUAACACAAACCACUUGCAAAAUCCCCUAUAUAUUAACCUUAAGUUAUAGAAAAAGGGAACCUUCAUUGAAAUUGUCUAUCCAACAAAAUCAUCAGACGAAGAAACCAUCGUUAAGAAACGCAUUAUCAGCAAUUUUAAUGUCAAUCCAACCUUUUGGAUCACUUCCAAAUAAGAAUUUCCACCUUCUUUGGACUUUGAGAAUCUGUUUAAAACACCUAUUCCAGACUAAGCUGUCAGACACAACGAAACCUUUGAAAAACUCGAAGUGGUCACCAAUACCAAUUAAAAGAUACUAAUCGAUGUUCCAUCCAGACCUGCUGCUUAUUCUUUGGAAAAAUUAAAUUUGUAAGGAAAACCAACUCUUGAACAGUUGUUUUAAGCUAUACCAAACUGCAUGGAUUAUAAGGAGAGAGAUAAACACUUUAAAUAUGGAGGAUAUAAACUCAAUUAUCAAUCUGGUUAUGCUCCAGUUGAGAUCUAAAAUAGACAUAAGGAUCCUGAAGAUUACUCAAAGAAAUAACACUUCAUUAGACAAAAACAAUCAUAAGCCAAUUUGAAUUUGAAAAGAACAUGUGGAGUUUCAUAUGUAAAGAAGAGUGAGAGUGAAUAAAAGGAUGUUAAUCAUAUUUUUAAAAAACUUCCUCCACUUGUUUAUUAAUGUUCAUCAGGUUGUUAACCAAUAGCUGGAUAUGAUGAGGCCUUUGAUAACCUAUUUCACAAUCUUUUGAAUGGAAAGAACCUGAUAGUGUUUACACUUUUCAAUUCUUAGGAUGAAAGUGUGUUGAGAGAAUAUUUAUUGUAUCCACACCUUAGAAAUAAGAUUUCAAGAGAAAGAGUUAUGAUGGCUAGAAAAUUCCUAAACUUAUGGAUGAUAUUUUAAGAUGCUUUAUGUUUAGUGAUUCACUAUAAAUAUGACGAAAAUUAAUUAUUAAGACCAAUAUAAUUGAAUGAAUAGGAUGAUAUAAAGCAAUAAUUAGUCGACUUUAUUUGUGAAUCAGAAAUCUCCAUAUGUUUAUUAUUCAAAAAGAGUGUAUCAGGCAGAAAAGCAUUUUUGAAAAGUGUUGGAUUGUGGAAUGAAGGCAACGACAACUCUUCAGUUUGCACAGAAACACAACGAGAGGAUAUAUAAACUAAAUUUGUUAUAUCUGUUCCCAAAGUUCCGAUCAAUAGCAAUUCCACCCCACAAAGUAUAUUCUAAGAAUUUACUCAUAUCAUCUAACAAUAAGAAAAUUAUGUUUUAGAAACCAGAUCUUAAACUCAGAUUCCAUAAACCCAGUAAUAAACCCAUAGUAAUGAAAAAGAAACAAAGAAGAAAAAGAGAGCAAAGAUCUUAUCGUCAACAGAUGUAAGAAAAGAUGGAGGAGCCAGUGAAUAAUUGAUAAAUCAUCUUAUUAAAGAGGAUGGAAAUCAUAAUAUUAAUACAUGUAGUAUAAGGAUGGAGAUGUAUGUUAACGAAGAGAAAUGGAAAUCAGCUAAUGAUCACAACAAAGAUUUGCUUAAUGCAUUCAUCAAGAGAGUUGAACAUCAUGUAACAAAUUCUUACCUGAUUAAAAUGAUGAACAAAAGAUUCAAAGCUAAUGAAAAAGGCUAAGAUUAUAUCAUCAGAAGAAGCAAUAAAAUCUAUGAAAUUCAAACUGAUAAUGUGUAGAUAAAAUAGAACAAAAAAUCAAUUAAUUGGACAUCUAUAUUUACUCCUGAAAACUUUACAAAUCUAUCAACAUUUAAAUUAAGCAAGAAAUACUAACCAAUAUCUCUAGACAUCCUUAAAAUGAAGGAAUUAAGUUUUCUUAAAUAACCAUUAUAUUGUAUAACAACUAGAGAUAGCUUUGCAUUUGACUUAAUUACUAAAGUAACCAAGGUUAAAUUAGGAGAUAGAUUAGUAGAUAGAUUAGAUUUCUUUUUUGAACCCAACAAUUGUCCUUGUAAUUUCAAGUCGUUUUUGCCAAUGUUCCCAGAAUAUUAAGUAGGUGCACAUGCAUAUGUUGGCUAUUUUACAAAUGAAGAACUAUUGUAAAUGGAAAAGGAAAUUUAUGAAAUGGAACUAAAAGGAUUUGAUGGUCAUUAUUUACCUAUGACUGCAUAAAUUUCACAUGCUUAAUCGAAUCACCAUUCAAGUGUACGUAGAACAAAAUUCUUUUUUGGUUAUAGAUAUAUGUGGACUAAAUGUCAAUUAGCAGAACCACAUUCCAAGGUUGCUGCUGGUGUCAGAAGAGAUGUUUCAGCUCCUCCAUUGUGGAUGAGAAAUCUCAUUACUAAACUUGAAAAUGAUAAUGUAGUUCCUAAAAAGUUCAUUAAUUCUAUUGCCUGCAAUAUUUAUCAUGAUGGAAAAGAAGGAUUAGCAUAACAUUUUGAUGAUGCUGUUAGAUUCAAACAACCAAUCUUUACUAUUAGAGUAUUCUCAGAUUGCAGAUUAUCUUUUGGAAGUCAAUUCUAUGGAUUUUGCAAUGGAGCAUUUGCAGUUCCUUUACCAAGAGGUUGCAUCCUUUGUAUGGAGGAAGGCUCCUAUGCUGCUAAUGCCAUCAAACAUUGUGUAAGACCCUGUGAUAUGACUGGAAAAAGUGCAGCCUUAAUAUUACGUCAAAUGCAUGAGCAAGUUACUUAGGAAGCCAUAAAGUAUGAUGAAUUUGUUGAUCUACCAUGUCAUAUGUCUACUUUGUCAGUUGAUGAAAAUGCAGUUCCUUUUGGAGAGUAAAAGAGAUUGGAAGCUGAAUUACUAAGCUGAAUCAUGAAUUAUAAAUGAUAUUGUUAUUUAAUAAUCUACUUUUUUUGAA